AUGGCCGCCACCGCCGGGGCGUCGGACGACAGCGGUAGCGUCGGCGGCGGAGGGGGCGGCGAGCGGAUGAAGCUGCUGUGCAGCCUGGGCGGGCGCAUCCUCCCGCGCCCGGGGGACGGCACGCUGCGGUACGCGGGCGGGGACACCCGGAUCGUGUCCGUGCCGCGCGGGGUGUCGCUGCCGGACCUCCUGGCGCGGCUCGCCGACGCGUACGGCGGCGCCACGGGCCCGCACUUCGCCGUCAAGUACCAGCUCCCCGACGAAGGGCUCGAUGCACUCAUCUCCGUGUCGUCGCCGGAGGAUCUCGAUAACAUGGUCGAGGAGUACGACAAGCUCAGCGGCGCCAGCCCGAAGCUGAGGGUGUUCAUCUUCCCCAUCCUGGAUGCGGCGGGCGGCAUCGGCGCCACCGGCGGGGAGGAGUUGGAGACCGGGAGCUUCGACGCGGGCCUUCGGUACCUGGAGGCCGUCAACGGCAUUGUGCGCAAGGACAGCAUCGCGAGCCUCUCGUCCACGCAGUGCUCUGAUGGGGGGCUGCCCCCUCCGGCGCCGUCAGGUGGCGGCGGCGGUCCUGGGUCUCCAGCUGGGCUCUCCCCCACCUCCACUAGCUCAAAUGAUGCUGCGAGAUCGAACAUCAGUGGGGCUGGGGUGGCGCCUCCGCCCCUUGUUGAUGUCUUGAGCAAUGCUGCUCCUGCUUCAGUACAGGUUAAGCCACAGGAGAUUGCUGCUGAAGGGAGGGCUCCCCAGGCGAAUCCACAUCCGCAUCCAGAGGUAGCUACACAUCCCCAUCCGGAGGCAGCGAGGUACCGGCAACCACUAUCACAGCUGCCACCACUGCCUCCUGUGUUCAUGAACGAUCAUAGAGAUGCCAUUCAGGGUCUGAAUCAGCAGCCACCAGGUCACGGUCCAAGAUUCGAGGACUGCCACAUGUGCUUGAAGGCAUUGCCUCACGCCCACUCUGAUCUGGUGGUGAAUGAGUAUGGCAAUGAGGUGCAUGGAGGGGCUGCUCCUGAGCCCGGGCCUGUGUUCAUGAGCCUGCUUCCUGAAGAUGUGGCAAGGAUGAUGAUACCAGAGAGGGGUGUUCAGGCACCAAUGGGGGCUUAUGGAUACACACAUAUGCAUCCAGUGCCACAGGAGAGGGUGUAUGUGCCCAAGAUGGAAGGGGUUACAAACUCAGUGCUCAUUGAUCCAACUGGCUUGCAUCAGCAUGUGUAUGUGCAGCAGCAGCAGCAGCAAAUGCCGCCGCAACAGUUGCCAUCGACCUAUGGGUUUAGCCAUAUUCCUGUGAUUCCUAGCGAGAAGGACAGAGUAGUUUCUCCAAGUUCUGCCCAUACUGAUGUUGCGAGCUCUCAUCAUCAAUUUGUGCAGCAGUCACAGCAGCAUUUACCUUCUGGCCAUGGGAUGCCUCACUAUUCAGUGAAGCCUGCUAGUCCCAAUAACCCGCUUGCUGGUGAAGGUAGUGCAAGUGGCAAUUCAAGCCAUCGUGAGGAUGGACAGGUGUAUCGUGACAAUGCGCCUCCAGUAGCACCUGUGGCUGUGCCAACGUACAUGGCAAAUGUGGACAGGAUGAUGGAUUCACUCCGGAUGAGCCCCAGCGAGGUUUCUGGCUCUACUGAAAAAAGGAAACAUGCAAUGUCUCCUGACAGUGGUUUACCCCAGAAUGCAGUGCCAGAUCACUCUCAGGGGCAUCCAGAGAAUAGUAUCAGUACCUGGCCAGAUACCCGAGCAAAUGAGGUUCAUCCAAGCAACACCAAUACUUUUUUUGAUGUUAGUGAACCAAAGGUAUUGCUUCAAACUGAAUCUGCACCACCACCUUCUGCGGCCAGCUCUUAUCUGCACAAUGUCCAGCAUGUUAAUAUGAGCCAUGUGCCACAUAUGAUGAGCAUUGGGGGACUCUAUUCUAGUUAUGUUGUUGCUACAGUCGGACCUGGUGGAUUGCCUCAAUCAACUUAUGGUAUUGAUAUGGUCUAUCCAAAUGCCACUGUUAAUCCAGUGAGUGAGAGAAGAGAUGUUCCGCCUGAAGUUUAUCACAAGGAAGCUCCACAUGAAGUCGUAGCUCCUCCAAACACAGUUCAGUUGCCGACAGCAGCAUUGCCAAACCAUGCUCCAUAUGUGGAUCAAGCAGCUGCAAAUGCACAUGCACUGCCACCAAGACCUAAGAGGGUAGCAAGCAGGGAGAACAUCAGCCCAAAGGAUCCCCAUCCACACAACUCUUUGUUGAACUGCAAAGGGCCAGAUCUGAAUAUUCCAGCUGAGGAUGUUUCUCUCCAGAAACAGUCAGAUCACAAAGGUGAUGACAUCUCUAACCCAGAUUUACUGAGUAUGGAGGAUGGGUUAGCUACAUCUAAAGCUCAGUCAUCCGAGCCUCAACCUCCUCUGGUAAAUGAUGGAGUUGGGGCUGUUACCAAUAAAGUAGAAGGUGAAGUCCACCCCAACGAGGGAAGCGUGCUGGUUUCCAAGAGCAGGCCAGCAGAUUGGAUUUCAGGAUUUCCAGUUUCAGAUGGAUGCCUGCAGGUUAUAAAGAACAAUGACCUUGAAGAGCUCCAAGAGCUUGGUUCUGGAACUUUUGGAACUGUCUAUCAUGCCUUUGGAAUGGAAUACUUGCAUAGCAAAAACAUCGUGCACUUUGACCUGAAAAGUGACAAUUUGCUUGUUAAUUUAAGGGACCCUCAGCGUCCAAUAUGCAAGGUUGGUGACCUUGGGCUUUCAAAAGUGAAGUGUCAGACCCUCAUCUCUGGAGGUGUCCGGGGAACACUUCCAUGGAUGGCCCCAGAACUUCUGAAUGGUAGCAGCAGCUUGGUCUCAGAAAAGGUUGAUGUAUUCUCUUUUGGGAUUGUUCUCUGGGAACUGCUAACAGGAGAAGAGCCAUAUGCAGAUUUACACUAUGGUGUUAUAAUAGGUGGCAUUGUGAGCAACACUCUACGGCCGCCAGUGCCCGACUCCUGUGACCCAGAGUGGAGGUCACUAAUGGAGCAAUGCUGGUCAACAGAACCAUCUGAGCGGCCAAACGAACGGGGCAAAAGAAGGAGAAACGCACACGUCAAAAACCAGCAGGAAACAACCGCAUCAAGCCAAGUUCAUUGCACUCUGCGACGUGAUGUUAAUGGUACUCCCAAACUGCGACACAUCACGGAUAUGUUUGAAAAAGGGUCGAUUAAAAACCAGCAGGAAACAACCGCAUCCAGCCAAGUUCAUUGCCCUCUGCGACGUGAUGUUAAUGGUACUCCCAAACUGCGACACAUCACGGAUAUGUUUGAAAAAGGGUCGAUUAUUGCACUGCCCAGUCAUGCAGGGCACACUUACACACCCGACAUCGAGAACGACCUGCAAUGA